AUGUUAGAAAGAAACGUAGUUGAUAACUUUUUACUCUCGUGCGAAUUAGGCAAUAUAGAUACUGUCAAGCAAUUAGUUUCAUCCAAUGUGAUAGAGGGUAACUAUAUUAAUGAAAUUCGGGAUAAUUGUCAAGGAUUGAACGCAUUGCAGUGGGCCUGUAUCAAUGAUAGAAUUGAGGUCAUAGAGUACUUGAUAUCCCAGGGUGCUGAUACUAACAUUCAAUGUGGAUUACACACACCUCUUCAAUUGGCAGUACAGUUUGGACACAUUUAUACUAUUGACCUACUAUUGAAAAAUGAUGCGAAGUGGAAACAUUACGACAGAGAAUCGUUGUUGAUUGCUGCUGUGAAAAAUUCAAGUCCCUUGUUAGUAUUAUACAUUCUGUUAUUUGUGGUAUCCUUAGAACUUGAAGAUAUUAAUAUGUGUGAUGAAAACGGAAGGUCGCCGUUAAUGUUGGCAUCAGCUCAUGGUGAUCUUUUAAUUAUAAAACUACUUCUCAAAUUUGGUUCAAACGUGAAUUUGGUUGAUAAUGAUGGGUACAAUGCCGCUCAUUUUGCUAUUAUCGGUGGGGAAUUUAGAAUUUUUGACAUUUUGAUUGAAAAUGGCACAGAUGUUCUUUCCAAGACCAAAAACGGCAAGAGCUGUCUUCAGCUCGCUACGGAGAUGAAUACAGUGACUCGUUUGCAAAAUAUUUUCAGAAACCAUUGUUUAAAUGACGAUGGUGUGAAAGACUAUAAAAUAUACUUGAUCAAUCGAAAAUUUUGGGUUUCGCUAACCAGUAUGUUGAUACCUCUUUGUUGCGUUAUGAUAUUUUCAACAUUGGUAAAUCUAUAUUCCAUUGGUUACUCACUUUCCGUUAUUUUCUUUGUUGGUCUUCUUACUGUUUGGUAUUCAACGAUUUUGCAAGACCUUUAUUCAAAAUUUGUCAAUAAUCCAUUAUUCAUAACAAUUCCAAAUACUAUAAUAAUACUCUGUUAUUGGUUUACUCUAUUCAAAUUAGAAAUGAGUCAACAUCACCACAUGUUUGUCAUUUUCACGGGAACAUUGUUACUUAUGACAACUAUAAUGCUUUUGAAUAAACGAUACUUCCAACCCAGAGAAAGUGAGGAGCUAGAUUAUGAUUGGAUACGCAAUCGGGCAUCUGAAUUAAUAGAUCAGGAAAUUUUUGAUUUUGAAGCCCUCAACAUAGAGAAUGGAAAUAUUGAAAAGAAAUGUGCUCAUGGGAAUGAUUUAUUUAUUGGAAUGCUUGCCAUUUCCAACGCAAUGUAUGACCAGAUUUUGUUCAUGUUGUCUGAAGUUACUUUACUCAGUCUUAUUGCUUUCUACCCAGUGAAUUACAUCAAAGAAUUUCCCGAAGGCAUUAUAUUUGGAUGUGUUAAGAAUGUUACAGCCAUGUUGAGUGAUAAUGCCAUUAUGUCGUCUGUCAACUUCCUUCUUAUCUUUGAGUUAAUAAUAGUUAUAAAAGAGCAUAUCAAGCACUGGUACUCUAACCGGCAGGAAAUUAUGAAGCAACAACAAGCUGUCGUAUUGGUUUAA